CAGUCUUGCAACAAGUUCUACUAAUAAUUAAGCUCCCUGAGUAAUUUGGAAGAGACAGGCAUUUCUGAGAUUGGUCAACUUUCUCAACUUCCAAAGGGAGUGUUUCAAAGGAAUGCAAAGAACAAAUCACAGAUAAACAUUCCCACUUAUCAAAGAAAACAUUGGAAGGUACGCCUGGCUAAUCACCAUGGCCCUUUCCAAUUGGUGUUUUCCAUAAGUGUACCAUGUGCACUAAUAAAGCUUCCAACUCACAGAUCCUUAGCUCUGAGUCUUCUACAGACACAUCCUCAUACAUUAAACUGAUUUGAUGAGAACAGGAGGCUCUGUGUUCCAGAACGGAUUCUAGAAACACUUCAAAAACCGGUAAGCAUUACUACUGCAAUCUAAAGAGCACUGAUAUAUUAUAAUGAAAUAUUAUUUUAUUAUUUAUAUAGUGCCAUCAGAUUCCGUAGCGCUGUACAAUGGGAUAUGUUCUAUUACAAUAACAGCUUCGAAUAACUAUCUGGAGUAGAUUUCUGUCGUAAUACAAAAUGAUUAACAUCUUAUUAACUAUCUAUCAUCUAUCUGAUUUUAAAUAAGAAAUCUAUAAUUCUAUAAACUGCAGCAUAUCUAAUUGUGUGUGCAUAUGUUUGUUUGUUUGUGUUUAUUUUAAUAAAAAUGUGGCCCAAACACAGCAGUCCCAUAAAAUGUAUACUGUAUGUAUAGGUUGAAUGGAUGGAUAGAUAGAAUGGAUGAAUAGAUUAUAAAAAGCCGGCCGACCAGAUAUACGGAUAGGAUGGAUGGAUGAUAAAUGGACGGAUGGGAUGGAUGAUUAACUGAUUCAGUAGAAAAAUAAAGAGAUGAUGAAGUAAGAUAAUAAUCUAUCCAAUUUGGGGUUAUUCACAAAGUACUGAACUGUAUUGAAUUGAAAACUAAAUUUAACACAGUUAACACCAAAAUGGUGGAAUUUUUACCCAAAUUUCCAGCUCUGAUACUUUGCUCUAAAUUUGAAUUUGCAGCUGCUCACUGUUUGUUGUGUCUAGACUCGAGUCCAAUUUGCUGUCAGAACCUUAGUUUCUAUUAUAGGGUUCAUACAUAGCACUGUAUUUUGGAAGUGGAGGAAACAAAGCGACAUUAUAUUCUGACACACAUUAACCAAAUGCAUAAAAUGUGCACAAGAUAAUAUCAGGUAAUUAUUAACAAGAGUUUUAUUUCACAUCACACACUCCUAAACUGUGUGAUUGGGAGAGCACACAGAGAAAACACAUAACCAUUUAUAGAAUAGGGGGGAAAUAAUCUACAUGUAUCUAGUUGGAGAUUUAUUUUAACUGCUAUUUUGGACUGUGUUUUGCAAGUUGAUUGUCAAAGCUCGCAAUAAACCCCAUAGUAAUAUACAAUGUAUGUGAAUGGAUUACAAGCGGUAUCACAGAUCUCUACAGUAAUAUAACCCAUAGUAAUAUACAAUGUAUGUGAAUGGAUUACAAGCGGUAUUACAGAUCUCUACAGUAAUAUAACCCAUAGUAAUAUACAAUGUAUGUGAAUGGAUUACAAGCGGUAUCACAGAUCUCUACAGUAACAUAACCCAUAGUAAUAUACAGUGUAUGUGAAUGGAUUACAAGCUGUAUCACUGAUCUCUACAGUAAUAUAACCCAUAGUAAUAUACAGUGUAUGUGAAUGGAUUACAAGCGGUAUCACAGAUCUCUACAGUAAUAUAACCCAUAGUAAUAUACAAUGUAUGUGAAUGUAUUACAAGGUGUAUCACAGAUCUCUACAGUAAUAUAAAUCUAAGUAAUGUGUAAUAUAUGAAUUCAUUACAGAGCUCUAACACAGAACUCCGUAAAGUACAGUGUAUAUAAAUAUAUUGCAUAGCUCCACAGAAAUAACUAUGACAGUGCAGGGCUGGGUUUAAAUGCCAGGAGCCUGUAGGUACCAAAAUCUAAGGCACUUCAUGCCCACUCUCUCCUUCUCCCUCCCUCUCAAAAGGAGAUAAAGUGAGUUCAAAUAAUUUCUAAGAUUUAAAAACAAUUAAAAAACAAACAUUGACAUUUAGCAACUGCAUAUAUGUAUAUAUUGUUUGUAAUGUAUUGUGUUUGAAUCUGUGUGUAUAGUGAGUGUAUGCAGCUAUGUAAAUGCAUGCAGGGUUAAAGAUUAUGUUAGAAGUGGUUAUGGUAAAUGUGGGUUAAGUCUAGAAAGAAAUUAACAUCAGAGUUAAAUUACAAGUAUUUUGCGGAUUAAAGGGACAUUCCUUUGCCCAAAUACAAACAAACAAAAUUACAAAUCACUGUUUAGUAUUUAUACCUCCAAUUAAAUCAUGCAUGUGUUUAAUUUUGCAUAUUUUCAUUGAAGUAAAUCUAAGAACAGCUUGUAAAACCUGCAGAUCUCUUGUCUGCAUCCUUUGUAAGCCCUCCACAUUUAACCACACCCAGACUUUUUGUGGCUGUCCAAUCACAGGCUUUCCAAUAGAGCUCAAUGAGAAGUCUAUGAAAGACAGGCUCUGGGCAAUUGCUGCCUCUUGGGUUUAGCUCCAGGGUUUUUAACGGACUAAAUCAGGGACUAAGGAAUUAGUUUAUUUAGGUUUUCGAAGGGAACGACUUAAGGCUUGUUAGAUGCAGGAGUAGUUAUACAGCGUGUAUCAGUGCUGUCCUAUGAUAUAUAGUGUACACUAUUCAAUGUUGUCCCUACUCCUUCAGCAAGGCAUUUCCUGUGUGAGAGGUAGUUAGUGGGCAGAUAGGAAGUGAUCCAUUCCACUUCCUGUCCAGCCUCACACUGGAGGAUCUGGUUACGGUAUUACACCCUCUUUAACUGGUCCUACAGAUCUGCUCUCAAUAUAGGAGGCUGACUGGACAAGGUUCCUCUUACUUCUCUCUCUCUCUUGUCCAUAAGUACACAUCAUUAGAGCUGAAAACAGCUACAUAAAUCACAGUAAAGUGUUACAUAUGCAACUGUAUUACAGAGCUCCACAGCAACAUAAAUCACAGUAACGUGUGGUAUAUGCGACUGUAUUACAGAGCUCUAGAACAAUAAAUCUCAGAGUAAUGUAAGACGUAUGAACUUAUUAUAACAAAAAGAGAAACAUAAUGCACAGUACCUACAUAGGGACCACGUACAUUAUUUAUUUAUAAAAUAUUUUACCAGGAAAGAUACAUUGAGAUUUCUCUCGUUUUCAAGUAUGUCCUGGGACCACAAAUCAUUGCAUUGUUACAAUAGGGUACAAUAAAAUACAAUAAAAUACAAAAACAAUAUUAAUACACAAUAAAUACAAAAUUUAACAUAGAACAGGUAGGAAAUAUAUAAUCAACCAUGACAUGUGCAUUCUGUUUUGAGGUAUGUAGAGAGGGAUCUCUUAAAGGACUUUAGGCUUAGGGAAGAUUUUAAAGUGUGCGGGAGGAGGUUCCAUAAUUGCAGCGCUCUGUAGGAGAAAUAGGAUCGGGCUGCUUUCUUUUUGUAUUGAGGUAGACUAAGUAAAGUGUUGGUACUGGAUCGGAGGAUAUAGGAAGUGGGAACAGCUGAGGAAAGCAUUGUGGUCAGGUAGGGUGGGAGUUUCCCAGAAAUGCUCUUACGUCCACAACAAUGUAGUAAACAGAAGUCUCUCUUGCACUGCAGAAAAUGAUUGAGCUAUUCUAUAAAUAGUGAUCAGUAGGCAAGACGCAGUAUGCUAUAUAGUAAAUAUAUCUUUUUUUUGUUGAAUCCAGCUAAAAUGAUAACAACACCACUGGUUUAGAAAUUACAAUGUGAAUGUUACAGUAAACACAGACCACCGUGAGCAAGGAGAAAAAGAUAUUCCGAAGAUGUAUGUGAUUUUCAAGGCUAUAAAUCUCUUUGUGUGUUGAUGUUAAACCGAAUAAAAUGACAGAAACAUAGCCUUAACAUAAACCUUUUAGCUGUUACCUUCCAUUGUGGAACAUUAACAAUCACCUGUCCUCCUUUUUGCAGUGGAUUAUCCUGCCAUAGAAUAUAAAUAUUAACGCUGGUUUGUAAAUUAAUGGUGGGUCAUAUUAGGAGAGAGGUCCUGGCAUGAGGGACUGAGAUAAGUUAAACACGCUUUUUGUUUUAGUUGUGAUGGGUUUUUGUUUAACGUAGAUGUGAUACAUACAGGUUUAAUCUUCAGAAAUAACAGAAAUUGCCUUUGAUACUAAAAGUUCUGGGUAGAAAGAACAAUGUGCUGUAAAUAAAGGUGAUGCUUUAAUAUAGUUUUAGAACAGAUAGGUGCAAAAUGAAGAGGGUACAAUAGGGUGACAGACAAAAUAAUAAAUGUUCAUAAGCAAGUUAUAUAAUGUGAAAAAAACUACUAGCAUGUAAUAGCUAGGAAAAUAAGAAAAAGAAAUAAGAUUUACCAACACUCAAGAAAAAAACUAAACAAGAAAUAGGAUGCAAAAUAUAGUGGUACCUCGGUUAACAUAAUUUUCGGUUUACAAAUGAAAAUCCAUUGAAAAUAAUGCCUAGGUUUACAAUUUUUUUUUCGCAAUACAAAGCAAGUUUCCCCAGGAUGCAUUGCGCCUGGGAGGUAUAUAGCGCCGCCCCCGUGCGUGGUGGAGUCUGUGGGUAGCACAUGGCAUCAAGUGUGGAGGUGUUGGAGCUUUUUGCAUCGAGUUUUGGAGCCAUUCUGGAAAAAUUUUGCAGCGAUUUUGGGACUUUUUUUGGUGCAUUUCUCAAGAGGUGGAAAGGUAGGGAGCUGAGCUUUGUCAUAUGCAUGCCUUUUACUGUUUCCAUCCCAGUUCAUUUUGACUUUUUGGUUUUCAAUGAUUCCGUUUCGGUUUACAAAUUUUUCGCAAUACAAAACGUCCCGGAGAACACACUAAAUUCCUAAACCAAGGUACCACUGUACCUGUUUAUUUAUGAGGCGUUGGCACACAAAUGGAAGCCCACACAAUUAUUGAUAUACAGUACAGAGUGAAAGUGUGAAGAAAAUAACAAAAAUCCCUAAUAAACACAAACUCAAUGACCCAGUGUAACACAAUGCUGACAACCUAUAAUACUCUUCUAGUGUGUCUGUACAGGACCAGCAUUCAUUUCAAGAUACCCUUCAAUAUAUAUAUAUUUUUUUUAAUAUUUCUUUAUUGAAAAUUUCAUCAAAAUUACAUAUCUCACAAAUAUCAUAACAACAUAUAUAUACAAAACCUAUCCAAUAACAAUAAAUACUGAUCUAAAUACAUAUAUCAACAGGACAGGUAUAAAAAAUAACAAUCGCACAAUGCAAAACCCCAAACAUACAAACAAUCUUUCACACCAUCGGAGUGGGAGAAAAUUAGUCCUAAAAUAAUUUUAACAGAUAAAUCUACCAUCUUAUGUCCAAAAGCCUUAUAACCGAAUCCAUUUCCCACUACUCCCUUCCUUCUCUAUCACUUUAUUACUUAAGGACAAGAUCCAAUCCAACAUGUUCUUAUAGGGAAAAAUAAAUAAAUAAAUAAAUAAAUAAGCAAUAUAAGGUCAGCCAUAUAUUAAUAAGAUCCCUUCAAUAUUUUUUACAGUGAGAAUUCCGUUUUACAUCUGCCUGAAUGGUGGCCAGGCAUCUUCAAAAGGAGGAUGUUUCAGUGAGGGAACUUAGUGUCAAAAUAUAAAAGAAUUAUUAUAGAGAGACUAUAUAUGCUCAGGGAGUUUUACCUCAUUACAUCAUUAAAUCUUUUGAAGCUUCAGGUGGCGUUUCAGACAUUGUUUCAUUGGAUAAAGAAUCAAAUGGACACUUUUGACAUUGGAGGCUUUCCUGAGUCAUGUCGGACCUUAGAGCAGGAAGAUGAUGGUGUUAUAGCAGAUUCUCCAGGUUUGGGCAAAACUAAUUUGCCAAACUUGACAGUGGUAUACUUACCUAGGGAGAUAAAUACCCGGCCAGACUUCAUGAGUUAUCAUUCCUUGUUGGAGGGAGUGGAAGUACAUUUAUGCACAUGAAACUUUAGAAAGGCUUACGCCCCUCUGAUCUAACAACUGCUUAAUAGAAUUUGGAGAAAGAAGGUAGAGUUAUUGGCAAUUACACCAUUCUGGACAUGCAGGCAUUGGUUUCCCUUGAUCAUGAUUUUAGUACAUGAGAACCUUCUGGAUAUUCCAGUUUUACUGACACAGGGGCUUCAGGUUCAUCCGACUCCACAAGCAUACUAAUUGGGAGUGUGAAGAUUGAGAAGUGAUUCAGUAAUCUAAUUGUGCUACAGUUGCAUCUGCCAGUGAAAUCCCAUAUUCCUGCUUGGGAAUUGCCUUGAGUGUUCUCUGUGCUAGAGUCUGCUCCUUUUGAACCACUGGAAGAAGUCUCCUAGUGUCUGCUCCUUUUGAACCACUGGAAGAAGUCUCCUAGUGUCUGCUCCUUUUGAACCACUGGAAGAAGUCUCCUAGUGUCUUCUCAUUUUUAACCAGUGGAAGAAGUCUCCUAGUGUCUGCUCCUUUUGAACCACUGGAAGAAGUCUCCUAGUGUCUGCUCAUUUUAAACCACUAGAAGAAGUAUCCUAGUGUCUGCUCAUUUUGAACCACUGGAAGAAGUCUCCUAGUGUCUGCUCAUUUUGAACCACUGGAAGAAGUCUCCUAGUGUCUGCUCCUUUUGAACCACUGGAAGAAGUCUCCUAAUGUCUGCUCAUUUUGAACCACUAGAAGACGUCUCCUAGUGUCUGCUCAUUUUGAACCACUAGAAGACGUCUCUUAGUGUCUGCUCCUUUUGAACCACUGGAAGAAGUCUCCUAGUGUCUGCUACUUUUGAACCACUGGAAGAAGUCUCAUUAAUGAUGAUGGCAUUAAAACACACCCUCCUAGUGGCCUUUACAUCAGGACAAUGGAUUUCAGAACCAGAAACUUUGUCCUGUGAGGAAUCACACAUUAUCUUCUCUAAGUGAUUCUUCACUGUCCGACUUAAGGCCAAACGUCAGUUCAUGUCAAUUAGGAGAUUAUCCUUUUAACCCAGUUGAAAGCAUGGAGACUGAUAUCAUUAAGUGUUGCAGCAUUUAUAUGCCCUGUGGUUCUUUCCCUCCCCUUGGUUUGUUAGAUUGGGUAAGGUGCAAAUGUAGCACUGACAUACGUAUUGUUGGGGGGAGAAAAAUAAUUACCUAGUGGUAACUAUGAAUAAAUUUCCCCUUAUUUUCUAUCAUUUAGAAUCCAAACACUUGCAAAAUGUUGCUUGGUUUUGUGAAUCAUGCUUGAAAUGUAUUUUGUUUGUUACCUUUUUGGAACAUUUAAACAUUUGUUAUGGAUUUUUUCUGUUGAAAUGUGAAAGAUGUUUUCUAAUUUUUCUGAGUCUUAUGGAUAAAUGACAUCACAUUUAACACAUGUGAACUUGACACUUAAAGGGACACUAUAGGCAUCAGAACAACUUUAGCUUAGUGAAGCAGUCUGGGUGUAUAGAUCAUGCCCCUGCAGCCUCGGUACUCAAUUGUUUGCCUUUUAGAAGUUAAAUCACUUUUGUUUCUAUUUAUACAGCCCUAGCCACACCUUCCCUGGCUGUGACACACACAGUCUGCAUGAACAAAUGGUUUCAUUUUCAAACCAAUGUUAACUUAGUUUAGAAGUUUUUAUCUCUUACUCUGUAAAAAAAAAAAAGUGUUGAUGUAAGCUGUGUGGGUCAUGUGAUUAGAGCUGCAUAAACAAAGUUUUAAAGAUUUAACUCUUAAAUGUCAGCAAAGUGAGACUGCAGGAGCAUGAUCUAUAAGCCAAGACUGCUUCAUUAAGGUAAAGUUGUUUUGGUGCCUAUAAUGUCCAUUUAAUGCUGACAUUAUCUUACCAAAAAAAAACAUAAUUAGAUGUAUAUUUGUUACGUACCUUGUAUAAAAGUCGAUGCAUAUAGUAAUAUAUAAUAAUGUUUAAAAUUGGCCUGUUAUACUGUGUCUUCUAAACUGAACAAUUCACUGCUAAUGAAGGGUUAAACAAAUCUCACUUACUUUAAAUAAUGGAUUCAUUAUAACCAAUAUAGCUCAUGCAUUAAAAUAGAGACCAUUGCUGUAAUUGAUUUUCUCUUUGCAUUCCAUGUAGUCUAAAUAUCAGGAUAAAGUCUGGGCAGGUGACAGAAAAAAAAAUCUGUCUUUUACCCCAUGGAGAUUUGUCUGCUUUGAUUCUAGUGCCAAAAACAAAAUUAAAUCAUUAAAUACUUUCUAUGUGUGCAUUUCCCACAGAGUGUUUUUAUUCUUAGUAACUAAGGAAACCAAUCUUAAAAUCCUUUUGAAAUACGUCAACAAAAAAAGCAGCAAAGGGAUGUAUUUACUUAACAGUGAACGGUUUUACAACUGAAAACAGAAUCUCAAUAUUUGGGUGUUUAUUCACUAAACUAUGACCUGUAUUAAUUGAAAAACAAACUGCAAAUUAAAGGGACACUCCAAAACCCCUACCUUACUUCAGCUUUCUGACAUGCUGUAGGGGGUAACAUAGUGUUAUCUCGUUCUUACUCUAUAAAAAUGCAGAUUUCAAGGAAAUUCAGCAUGUUAAAGGGACACUCCAGACACCUAAAGCACUUUAACUUGUUGAAAAGUUUUAUGUGUGAAGAAUGUGUCCUAUUUUGUUCAUUUCGAUACUUUUAUAAAUUCCCCCAUCAGCACUGACCGCCUCCAGGAGCGGCUCUAAAGAGAGGGCGAACAGAAGGGGGGGCAGGUACCAUUUCGUAUGGGGAACAGGUCUGAGAGGACGCCGUUGAUUCGGAUUUGUGCCGUUGGAAUCGUGUAUAGUGCUGCUAUCCAGGAUCUGAUAUUGGGACCGAAGCCCAUGUGCUGUAGCGUGGCUGCGAGGUAGACCCAGUCCACUCAGUCAAAGGCUUUUUCCGCAUCUGUGGAGAGGAGGAAUAGUCCCCCUCCCCGCCUUCUGGCCGAGUGGAUGAUGUUCAGUGCCCGGAUAGUAUUGCCCCAAGCUUCUCUGCCUGGAACAAAACCCUCCUGGUCCGGGUGCACCAUUUCCGGUGCCAUGGCUUUCGCAAAUAGUUUUAGGUCAGCAUUUAAGAGGGAAAUAGGGCGGUAACAAGCACAGCAGGCUGGGUCUUUCCCCUCUUUUGGAAGGUUUCCUGCCCUCGAGGAUCGAAUUUAGGCCCAUUAGUAGGUGUGGCAGUAGUAUAUCUUUAAAGGUGCGAAGGUAGCUGGCGGGGAGGCCAUCCAGUCCCGGCGCUCUGUUGGAUUUGGUUAGCUUGAACGCCGCGUACAGUUCCUUGGGUGACAGGGGUUGUUCCAUGUCUGUGGCUUUCUCUGGGGUGAGUUUUCAGGAGACAUGUCUGGUGAGAUACUCCGCUAGUUUGUGUCGUGUUGGGUUGUGAGCGCUAGACGUAUCAGCCAAGUUGUAGAGGUCAGUGUAAUAGUUCCUAAACGCCCGCAUAAUCUCCGCUGGGAGUCACGUUUCUUUCCGGUCUUGGGUAUUGAUUUUGUGUAUGUGGUUUUGCCUCUGUCUCUGUUGCAGGAUUUGGGCCAACAUUCUACCUCAUUUGUUGGAGUACUCAUAAAAAUAGCGGUUGGACCUGCGGAUCACGAUGAGCAGUUUCUGGGAGAGUACGUCCCUGAGUUGUCUUCUUGCGUCAGUCAGUUGUAGGUAUAUGUUUUCCGUCAGUUCUUGUUUAUGUAAGGUUUCUAGGUCUGCUAUCCGCUUGGUUAGAUCCAGGACUUGUCUGGUGCUCUCCCGUUUGCGUUGUGUGCAUAGGCUGAUGUAGUGCCCUAUAACUACGCAUUUAUGCGCCUCUCAUGUAAUCAGCGGUGACACCUCGGGGAGGAAUUACCUUUUGAAGUAUUGGGUGAGCACUUGUGAGGUCAUAGUCAUGCAUUCCGCGUCGGAUAGAAUGGUUUCAUUAAGUCUCCAUUGGUGUUCCUUCGGCUUGAAGAGGGGCGAUUUAAGUUGUAUAGACACGAGGGCAUGGUUGGAGUCUCCGUGGAUCCCUAUAUCUGCAGACAUGAGCAGAGGGAGGUAUUCCUGCGCGACAAAGAUAUAGUCUAUCCUACUAUAUUGGUUGUGAGGAGCCGAAUAGAAGGUGUAAUCCCUCCCGUCAGGGUGUGCCGCUCUCCAGCAGUCAACCAGGCCAAGUCUAUUUAGGGCUUUUUUGGUCCUGCGCACACAGUGGUCUGGUAUGGUGCUAUACCCCUGAGAUGUGUCCGCCCGUGGGUCUAGGGGGAGGUUUAUGUCUCCUGCCAAUAUCAGGAGGCCCUCUCUAAAUUUCUCCAGGUGGGAUAGCGUCCGAACCAAGAAUGUGUGUUGGCCGCGGUUGGGGCAAUAUACAUUGGCCAGGGUGUAGUGGUGGUCCGCUAUGGUUCCCUUCACGAAAAGUGAAUUGCACAUUCCCCGCGAAGAGGAUGGCCACUCCCAGACGUUUGGAAUCUCGGUGGUUUGCAAAGAAUCCCUGGGGGAAUCUUCCAUCUCGCAUCACGGGGGCACCCUCUUCCUUGAACCGGUAGGAAUCCCCGUGACAUUGCUACAGAGUGCGUGUAUGUAGUGGCAAGGGAGGGGUAAGGAGGAGGGAGCGAAUGAGAAGAGUAUUGGGGGGGAGUGCUAGAGACAGUAAGAAAGGUUAACAGGGGCGAACGGGGGGAAGUAUGGGGGGGGGUGGUAGUGAUGGAAAUCAGUUUUAUCCAGAUUGCAAUUCGCCCAUAUUUAGGCUGCUUGGGUGAAUUAUUUGUCUCUGAAGCGCCAUACUGACAUAUAACUGAGCAAAUAAAUAGCGCGAUAGAACAGUGUGUUUCUUUGCUUUGGGAUUCGGAGUUCCAACCUUGGCACCAAAAAAGAUAUGAUUGAUGAGAAAAAGGUCAUUAAUGGUAGGGCACAUACUGUGGCUGCACGGAGGCCUGCACGCUCAGGGGGCCUAUUGGGUGGCUCAUACACUUAGAGCCACCCGAUGGCAAAAGUGUUUUCAGGGGCCCGGUCAGAGCUGCUGCCCUUUAAUAGCGCUAUUGGGCCCCUGUGAUAUUGGCAGACUGGGAGGAAGUGACAGCUGGCCACUUCCUCCUAGAUAUAAUAGAGCUGUGCGGGAAGAUUGCAGUGAACAGGGGGUGGAGCCUCAGCCAGCUGACUGCAUCCCAGGGAUACCAUCCUCCUGUACCCAAAAGGUAGGCUUAAAAUCUGUCAGUGUGCAUCUAUAUGCGUGUCAGUGUAUCUGCAUGUAUGUACCUAUGUAUCUGUUUGUGUAUCAGUGUGUGUAUCUGUUUGUGUGUCAGUCUUUGUAUCUGUGUGUCUGUGUAUCACCAUGUAUGUCUGAGUGUGUACAUGUGUAUAUGUGUAUCAGUGUGUGUAUGGCAGUGUAUAUGCAUACAUCUCAACAUUCAAACUCCAACAUACAGACACACUCUUACAUUCAAAGUCAUACACUACACACAUGUUGAUUUUAUUAACAAAUCAAGUGAGAAGUAGUAAAAUAAAUCAAUCUAUUUAUAUUUUACAUAUUUAAUACAUAGAUAUAUAAUAUAUAAAUAUAGAUUUGAUAUUAUUGCUGCUCUUCUUUUUCCUUUCUAUUUACUUUUUCCUCGCUUGACCUGUAAACCAAAUGCCGGGAAAAUGCGAAAUUUAUACAUACUAUUUAAGAAGCAUUUUUUUUGCAACUUUGGUAUUUUAUAGUCUUAUAUGGUAUUAUAUUGUUAUAUUGUUUUACAGUUGUAUAAGACAGGUGCCCACUAUCACAUCCCACAGUUUAGUGAAUUAAUCCCAGUGAUUCUCAGGCUUUACAGCUUAGCUAAAAUGUGCAGUACUUGUGGCUCUGCACCUUUAAAUAAGUCAAGCCGAAGCCAAAAGCUCUGAGAAUCAUUUCCUGCUACUGGUAUUGCUGCGUGGCAGACAAACCAAAAAUAGACUAGCAGAGAAAAAAAAAAGGAAAUUUGCAGAUAAUAUCUAAAUAUAUAAAAUGAGAAAACAUUCUACUCUAGAAUGCUAUCGUAGCAACCAGAAUUCAUGCAACCACAGGAUAACCUGAACUGAAGGGAAAUGAAGAAAUCUGGUAAGUAACUUUUUUUUAGCAAAUUGUUUAAUAAUGCUGUAAAAUUUAUUUGUAACCAUUUCCCUACCGGGAUUAUAGAGAGCUUCAUUUGCCGUGAACGGGCCUGCUUUGAAACAUAAUGCAAGUUUUCACGUGCAACAGCCUUUUUUCUAAUCCUAUACAGAACAUCCUCUUCAUCUUAAAACUAUAAAUAACAAAAUGUCAAACACUCAUCAGCAAUUUAAUGAAAGAAUGUUUUCAAACUCUGGCGCAUGUGAAAAUGAUGUAAGGUUGUUGUUUUUUUUUUUUUAACUUAACAAAAAGUGAAGAACAAUAUUUUUGUAUUAUUCAUAUUUAAAAAAAAUAAAAAAAAAUUCUCACAAAGAUCACACUUUUCAGCAACCUUCGGUAACGUUGCCAAAUGUGUGGGAUGCUGAAAAGGCUUUCUGCCAAGAGGACCGUUAGCUUCCAAUGUAAAAAGCCAAAGUGGUAUGUCAACAAAUGAAAAGAUCUCAAAAACCCUCUAUAGUCCUAACAUCCAGCUGCCUGCAGGGAACACAGAAUGCAGAAACUGAUAUGCAUAUGCAAGGUAUGGCUCUGUUAUAGCUAAGGUUCCAUAGAUUCCAAUAUGGUUUGUGUGAAGUUACGUCAGGAAUUUUUUUUUUUUUUAAGUUCCAAUGUAUUGAAGGAGUUUUUCAGUGCAUUACCGUAAAGGAAAUAUGCAACAUAUGGAGAAAGGCUGUUUGUCUUUGUUCUUGGAAGCCUGUAAAAUCCUUUUACUCUAUCUAAGGGCUUUGUCAUUAUUUCAAAUGGUGAUUUAUGGUCUUCAUGAGGGGUAGGCAGCCUUCAGUACUUGCCAUAAUGCUGGUAAAGCAUCAGGGUAGAUGUAGUACACAUCACCAGGAGUGCCGAAUCUGGACUAUUAAUGGUCUAGAUAGAUACAUAACAGCAGAGUUAUAAUGCUAGUGAUGGUAUACAGAGAUGCGAUUUCUGGAAGACAUUAAUGCAGGAAAGUCUAGCAGGGUUGUCCACUAAAUGCCGAAAUGUAGCAAAUUAAGAACUGGAUGGCAAACUUGAGGCAAAAGCAACAAAAAUGUCACUAUAGCUUUUAGAUUUCUCUGUAUAAACCAUUUUUUGUCCAUGUUUUGGCAUCUGCGAAUUUAAUUAGAUACAACGAGGAGUUCGGUGAAUAACCAUUUAAGCAAUAAAAUAAUUUAACCUGUAAUUAUAGACAAUUGUCAACUUUCUAAUUUUGCCCAAAAUAGCUGAAUUGGGAAAAAAUCUCUGACUUCCAACAUCCUGUCAGAAAAACAAAUAGUCAAAGGAUAGAAGGCUAUAUAUUAUGAUGUAUGGUAGGAUGGAUUGAUGGAGAAGAAAUCAAUUAACCCCUUAACGACGAGUGACGGACGAAGUCCGUCACUCAGGGGAUUGCCAUAACAACGAGUGACGGACCUUGUCCGUCAACCGUUAAAAUUAACCCCGGAACGCCGCAAUCGCGGUUAUCGCAGGGUUAAUGGUGCUCCGGUCUGCCUAUGUAUUAGAGGCAGAACCGGGAGCACCCGAUCAGGCUGCCCCAGCACAUGUGCUCGCUCUGACAGCAUGUGCUGCAUAUACUCACCUUCAGCCUCCCUGCACUUCCUGGUUCUGUUUGAAGUGCAGGGAGCCGGAACAGUGCUGAUCCUGCCCCCUGUUAAAAAAAUAAAUAAAGUUUAUUUAAAAUCCCACCCCCCUUUACUCAGUUUAAUUAAAAAUUAACCCCUUCCCUGCCAAUUGAUUACUGACUACAGUAAUCAAUUGGCAGGGAUUACAUUUUACUGUCAUCUGAUUUUUAUUUAUUUUUUUAACCCCUGAGGGUUAAUUUUUUUUUUUUUUUUAACCCUCAGAGGUUAAAUGUAUUUAUUUAAUUUAAUUUAAAUAUUUAAAAAUGUAUAUAUUUAGCUAGCUGGGGUGGGUGGAAGUUAGUGGGGAAUUGGGGGAUUUGGUGUUAGGCUAACUAGGGGUUAACGUUAAAAGUUUUAAAAUAAACUUUAAAAAGUUAAAAAUUAAGCUAAAAAAAGUUUUAAUAACGUUUAAGUAAAAAAAACAAAAAAAAACACCCCCUUUACCUAGUCCAAAUAAAAUUAACCCCUUCCCUGCCAGUCGAUCACUGCCUAUAGUGAUCAAAAUAUUAUACUGUGAUCUAUUUUUUUUUUUUUAACCCCUGAGGAUUAAUUUUUAUUUAUAUUUUUAACCCUCAGGGGUUCAAGUUAUUUAAUUAAUUUAAAUAUUUUAUAAUUAUAUAUUUUGCUAGCUGGGGUGGGUGGGAGUUAUGGGAAAAUGGGGAAUUUACUGUUAGUGCUGCUUACUGCUAGUUAGGGGUUAACAGUAAAAAAAAAAAAAAGCUUAGAAAAAUUUUAAAUCUGUAAAAAAAAUUUAGGAAAGUUUAAAAAAAUGAAUAAGCAAAACAAAAGUUUAAAAACUAGUUUUUAAAAGUAAAAAAGUUUCAAAAAGUAAAAAAAUACAUUUAAAAAUGCUCAUUACCACUACACCUGGAACAAACUAGAGAAAAAAUGAUCCCACGCUAAGGUUUUAAAAUAUGCCUUUUGAAUUACCCCAGGGUAUAUUCUUUAAUAAAUAGCAUGUGUUUGUGGGGAAGUUUCAAUAACCAACCGUCUAAACUACUCCAAAUUGGAACACGGACACAGUGUAAAACGUCAACAUUAGAAAAAACUGAAUGGCUGCGUCUCAAAUGCGCCCCUUCAACAUCCACAUACACCUGGCAAAGGUACAUACGUGGUAUUGCUGUACUCAGACAACAUAGCUGAGCAACAUAUGAAGUAUUAUACAGUCGUAGCACACAUAAGGUUUGCAAAAUAUACUGUGCAAACUCACUUUGUGUGUCAAAAAGGCAGAAAAAACACUUAUUACCACUACACCUGGUACAAGCUAGCAGAAAAAUAAUCCCACGCUAAGGUUCAAAAUAUGCCUUUUGAAAUACCCUGGGAUGUCUUCUUUAAGAAAUGGUAUGGCUUUAUGGGGUAUUUGGAUUAUAUAGCCUGGUAAAAUACUCUAAAAUGGGACAUGGGCACAGCAUAAAAAUGUAAAGUUUGAAAAAAACUGGAAUGGCUGUGUCCCAAAUGUGCCCCUCCGAUGUCCACAUAUACCUGGCAAAGGUACAUACGGGGGUAUUGCUGUACUCAGCCGACAUAGCUGAGCAACAUAUGAAGUAUUAUACACUGGUAGCACACAUAAGGUUUGCGAAAUAUACUGUGCAAACUCACUUUGUGUGUCAAAAAGGCAGAAAAAACACUUAUUACCACUACACUUGGUACAAGCUAGCGGAAAAAUGAUACAUGAGAAUUUCUUUGUUAUAAGUUUGUGUGCCAAAAACCAAAAGAAACGCAAUUUUACUCCAAUAUUUAGCAGAGGUUGGCGGUGAAAUGGCUACGUAGAAAGUGUCAAAACAACCAUAGGACAAUAGCCUGUGAUGUCUACUUUAUAUAAAUAUAUACUUUUGUGUGGCAAUUUUGUUUUCUUUUAUGGCUAUUAAGCUUACAAGACAAACAUGCCAAAUUCUAAAAUCGCUCCACAUUAAAAGUUUAUUUUACUCCUUGUGCUUUGUGACCUGUAAAUACCAAAAAAAACUUAAAAUCCCAGACACGUUAUAUAUUCUGUAAAUCAGAACAACUAAAUAAAUUUAUUUUUAAUUACUUUCCUUAACCUGCACUAAUUAUGCACACAUUAUUAUUGCAAAAACUGUAAAAAUAAAGGUUUUUUUGCAUUUUUCUGUAUUUAAGCUCUGUCCUUAAGGGGUUAAUGGAUAGUAGUUAGAUGGGCAAAUACACUGCGUAUUGAUAAUAUACAGGGUUAUUCACGUAAGUGUGCAUUGUCCCAAAUUCAAAGGAUAUUUAAGUUUCAGGCCAAAAUUGCAAAAAGUAUCCAAGACACUUUGUCCUAAUAUUUUUUAUCCACUUUGAACUCCCAACAAUUAACACUUCCCUGUGAACCCUAAUGAUAAACUAUUGAUUGUAUCUAGUAGCCAUGUGACUUAGACUAGUGAGUGCUAAACUUGCACUACAGAUGUCUGCAUCACAAACAUUCUCAUCAUUUCUCCGAAUACCAUUAAAAAUGUAGUGCACAUAUAUCUGCAUUGCAGGGUAAAUGCAAGGGCUGUUUGACCUUAUUGGCCCACUCUUUCUUAAUGUCCAGCAUGGUUCCACUAUAAUGAAUGAAUUAAUUACCUGCCACUGCAUAGAACCUUUUUUCUUUGUAUCACACACCACCGUGUUUGACUUAAUUAUGGAUGACAUCAGCCAUCAAUCAAGUUAUAAAUAAGUAAUUGUUUUAUAUUACUACCAGAGAUAUAGUACCUUAUCUUUAAACAACACUAGCGUGAAUACUGAACCUAUUUAAAAAAAAACAUAUUGGAGUGUAUUCAUUGUACAGAGAUACGGUAUGUGGUGACUUAAAACCGCAUUCAACCUAGAUUUGUUGGUUAGUAAAUAUUUCUGCUUUUAGAAGUGGUUAUGGUGCUAGGAAUCUAUUUGUGCAAUAUUACUGCUUGAAAAUACCACCCGUAUAUGUGCACUUUUGUUGUGGAAGCUAGUUGCACCCCCGGCACACAUGAAUUAGGCAGUCUUGAACUCUACCUAACAUCAAUUUCCAACCCUUGACUUCCUCCCCUUCACGGUUUAGAGAGCGCUUGCAGCCUGUGAGAAUGGUCCAAUCAAAUGCUUCUGUAUGAGAACUAUUUGAUUGGAGCUUGCGAGAAACUCUGUAAUGUCAGAGGGGGGCAUGGAAACUGGCGUGAUGCUGUAUUCCAGGUAAUUCACAACUUAUUUAAUAGAGUUUUACGUGGGAGGGCUAAUUACUAAUACCCAAAAGAGUAUUGUAAAUGUAAAGAAAUAUAUUCAAAAAAAUAAAAAAGGGUUGGAGUAACCCUUUAAUACCAACCACAGGUAGAUGUUUGUGGUUAAAAAAUACUGACAGUUUCCAUUGUCCAUACUUGCUUUUAACAUCUGCCCACUAUAUGUCUACCACCCCUGAUAUCAAUCACCAGCUGGCGGUUAUCAUUAACAUACAGCGCUAUAAGCAUGGUGGUGUUACCAUAGCAACUCUACUCUAUAAAAUUAUCAAUCAACUUUACACAUUGUCCAUCUAGGUGUAAAGGGGCAAAGCCAAGUUAACUACUACAAACUCUCCAUACCAUUUAAAAAAAAAUGUUUAUUCUAUUCACAGGAUAUGUUCACAGUGUCUUUGUGCAGUUGCUAUGACAACACUAACAGGGUUAUAUUGUCCUGGUAAGGUUGCUAUAGAAUGCUUAUAUGGGAUAAGUAAACAUAAUAUGUUUAAUUCUGGCAAAUAAAGGUUUCCCUUUAAGUCUACAAAGAGCUGCAAAGUCUGCUAAUCUUGCUGAGAAUUUGUUGUAGGAAUUUGCUUCCAUUUUCAACCCAACUGAAACCAGGGCCCGUGUGGCAGUCACUUAAAGAGUGCUUAGGAGUCAUCAAAACUACAUUACUGUGAUCAGAAAACAUUUGGGGGUUUCUUGUAAACUGCACAAAUUGUAGUUUUGAUUAUGUAUAUCUUUUUUGUUUCUUAGAUGAUGGCCUAACGCAGCCAGAAACAGGUGGAAAUGUAAUCGGAAGGUUGACAGAAACACUCUUUGGAUAUCAAUGACCUUCUACAGAUCAAGACCCUUUUUAUUGGGCUUCUUGGGGUUCUGCAUUCUUAAAGACCUUGUAAGCAGUCAAAACUACACAUUGAUAUUUGAAAGGGACAUCAACAAUAUCCGCAAUUGCAGCUGCUUUAGCGAUGUCCGAAACUGUGACUUCAAUCAGGCCAGUGUCAAAUGUGAUUGCAAGACGAUCACGUUUCAAAGAAACAGAACAAUGUCACGACUUGUCGAUACCGGUGCCCUCACUGUCUGGUUCCUGGAUACAUCUACUCUUGGACAACUGCUGAACUUUACAAUCAUACAUGACCUAAAACUUUCGCUGUGUGUAGACACUGCUCUUCCCACUCAAUACUUGGCCAUCAUGGGGCUGAUGCGUCUUCGGGUUCAGCCAUAUGGUGCGCCUGAGCAAAACCUGACAAUCUACAACAAUGGAGACAUCAAAUCCCAUGACCAAUCCAGCCAGUCUUCUAGAGAAAAGAGUUUCCUGUUUCACAUCUCUUACCUAGACACUUCCCUCUUCAAUGGAAAUUCAUUUUUGAAGUCAUAUAGUGUGGAGAAUGUUACAAGCAUUGCGGAGAACCUCCCAAAGUUACCUUAUGUCAGCUUAGGUUCCACCACAAGCAACAGAAGUUAUGUUGUAACAUUAAUUUACUGAUAUAUAAAUAACAUGGAGAAUAAUAAUGAUCCCUGUAUUUAAAAUGUGUAUUUUUAAAAUAAAGAAUUAGUGCCACUGAUCACAUAAGGAAAAUGUAACUGGGUUCAUGUUAGUCACUGGGCGUAAUUUAUUUAUGGCUAUUUAUUUUGAAUGUUAAGAAUGAAGGGAGCCUGCAAACUGGUAACUUGCCUCAGGUCCUGUGGGAAAGUAAUCCUUCUGUAUGUGACUGGGGGAUGGACAGACAGAGUGGGGUUGUUAGAAGGUGGAUAGACCGAAGAUGGGGUAAGUAGAUUGACAGAGAAGGGUGUGGACAAUCAGAGAAUAUUGGGACAGACAGAAAAUGCGGGGUUUAACAAACAAAAAAG